CAAAGAACCAGCUGCCUUAGGUAGCGAGCUUGAGCCACAUUGCUGAAAACAUGGAUCGUUUUCUCUACUACUUUACAAAACCCGUUACAGGUGUUAUCCAUCGCAGAAAUUUCGAGGUGACAAGGCAGCCAAAAUUGAAAUUAGGCAUUAUCAGCAGUAAGAGUCUUGUGGAACGACAUACAUCGUCGUCAUACAACACAGCACCAGAGGUUCGUGGACCCUCCAAGCCUAGCCAGACGUGGGAGCGCAGUGCCAAGCUGGUGAAAAACAUUGACGUCAAAAGCGAGCACAUGGAUGCCAUUCGUGAAACCCACGAUCCCAGUAUGCAUCUCAAAACGAUCGAGGAUGAGCUAAUGCAAACAAUGGGCGCUGCUCUUGGAAAGCAGGGAGAAAAGAUUCUUUACGCAGUUCAAGAAAUGAAUACUUGCUAUACGGCGUACAUUGAGGCUUUGCAAAAAUGCGCAAAGAACGGCUCGAAUCCUGAAGUACUCUCUAUAGCUAACCGUUUCAAUCAAAGGCGCAAGGAAGCAGUCAAGGCGCGAUGGGAACUCAUCGUACAUCGGCAAGCUAUCGGGAUGAUUGUGAACAACCACGAAUUCGUAAUGAAUCACUAUCCUAUACCUGAAGCCAUUCCUGUUACUGAGCCUGGUAAGAACCUUCAAAGUAAGCCGCCUCCGGCUGCACAGAAAAAGUUCGGAGAUCAGCUGGAUUGGUGGCAACGGGUAGGUCGGUGGAAGUAGGAAGUCUUGUGCGAACCAAACCGUCCCUCUCCGU